GUUGUCACGCGCCGAAGCCGCCUCCCCCAUCUCCGGCGCCGCGCUGGAGACCGGACCACAUCACGGGCGUCGGGCGGCGUCUCAUCUCCGACCUGACCCUCUCCGUCCACCAACGCGCGGCACCGUGUCAGGAGGAGCCGACCAGCGAGGCAGCGACAGCAACUUCCCCCCAAUUCGCCUGGCCUGCUACUGCUAGCUCCGACCUCCGAACCCCAAUGCAGGGCUCGCUCGUCGUCGCGUGGCUCACACGGUCUGGUUGGUGGUGGCCCGCACAUGCAUGGCCCAUCCAUGGGAGCCGGCCGGUGUGCCUGUCGGCGAGGCGAUUCGUCGUGCGCGAUUUGCAUCUGCAGAAGGACCAUGGUAAGCUACUAAGUGCCUGAAGCCAUGGUUGACUAAAUGGACCAUAAAGUUGUCCCUAUCAGUUUCAGGCAAUUAAUUAAAGCCCUCCAUGAUGUCGUUUCAAAAAAAAAAGAGCCCUCCAUGAUAAAACCUGGGACAUUGAUACUUGAAUGCACUAAAGCAUAUAACUCUGACACCAGCAUUUGCAAGUUUGCAACUGAAGUUCUGCUGCGCGUCAUUAUACUCCAUCGCCAAGCUGCUGCCACUGCCGUUUCACUGGAAUCAAUCAUAUUCCUUGCCAGGGUGAAGGCCAGGACAAAAGGUUCAGAUUAAUAGGAACAUGCAGCUUGGAGCCAAGAAGUCUGUGUGGCUAUAUUGUUUUCUGAAUAUGCCCCCAGCGCCUUCUGAGUUUCUUCUCCUCCUUUCUGACAGGCCACCAAAAAUGACCGAACACAGUUUAUUUUCGGGAGUAUGUAUACCCUGAAGUUGGUAGAGGCACACAAAGAGCCAAACACCUUUGGUCAGAUACAUGUUGCACUACGGCUACCAGAUGAAUAAGACAGUUUAGCUUGCAUUAGCACGAGGGUCCGCAUGCUUUUCUCUUCCAAACCUUGUCUCCCCACUUUGCCUCCUUGUUCUGUAUAUAAGUGAACUAAAUCACAUAGGCCAAACCAACUCUUAUGGUAGACAGCAAGCAAAUGGAGACCAUUUCAUAUCCUUGUUCUCCUCUCCUGUUCUUUCCUGCACAUGAAGAGAGUACCUGUUCACUAUGGUCUCCUCAACUCACCCUCCAUGAGAAUGCCGCCAUACCUGCUAAUCCUUCUCCUGUUGUGAGAGAAGAUUGUGAGUUCUUUGACACCAUUGCUAUUGAUUCUAGUGAUUCCCAUGACCAACAUGCCUUUGAUGUUGAUGUAUUCACCCAUUGUGAUGAGAGGUUUCUGUGCCAAGAGAGUGCUAACCUGUCGGCUAUCCAAGAUGAGCUCAUGGAGGAGAACAGUUUGAGUGAUCUCCUUCUCACUGGUGCAGAUGCGGUUGAGGCUGGGGAUUCAAGCCUUGCCUUGGCAGUGCUCUCAAAACUUAAUAGCCUCCUGGCUGACACCUGUGAGAAUGCUGCAACCAGCUCUUUCGGUCGCUUGGCCUACCACUUUGCCCAAGGCCUGCAAUCCCGGAUGUCUGGUACAUGCUCUCCAUGCUACCCACCAGCGGAUCCAGUGCAGUCUGGUAUCAUGUCGGCGCACCAGAUGAUACAAGAGCUAUCGCCGUAUGUCAAGUUUGCACACUUCACCGCCAAUCAAGCCAUUCUAGAUGCCACCAUCAGCGACAUGGAUAUUCAUGUCGUCGACUUCAACCUUGGCGACGGCAUACAGUGGCCAUCGCUCAUGUCAGACCUUGCUCGCCUUGGCGGCAAGUCAUUCCACCUUACAGCAAUCAUAACAGAUGCUGGUUACAGUGACGACACUCAUCAGGCAGCUGCACGGCGGCUUUCAGAGUUUGCUGAGUCCUUGAACCUUCCCUUCCAGUACAGCUCUCUCUGCAUACGCCAUGAGGAGGACCUGGAGGACUUCUCCAGGAACUGUGGAGGCUCAGUGGUUGUCUCAUGUGACACAACGAAUCUGUGUUACAGAUCAGGUAGCAAGUUACAGAUGCUACUACUUGGCUGUGUCAGGAAGUUGCAACCCAAGUCAGUGGUGGUCAUAGAAGAGGAGCUGGUCAGGAUUGGGAAAGAGGCCUGUUUGUCCCAGGCCUCCUUUGUGGAGUUCUUCUUCGAGGCAUUGCACCAUUUCACCAUGGUGUUUGAGUCCCUGUCGAGCUGUUUCAGCAGUAACAGGGCGUGCCUGAGGCUUGUGGAGAAGGAAAUGAUGGGGCCAAAAAUACAGGACUUCGUGGGGCAGUACGGGUCUGUGACACUGGAGGGCGCCGCUGGUGAUCCAAAGGCUUUGGAAGGGUUUAAAUCUUGUGAGCUGAGUGCUUGCAAUGUUGCUCAGGCUAGGAUGCUGGUUGCGCUGUUCAACAGGAGCUUUGGGACCGCGCAUCAGAAGGGCAGGCUUCAGCUGUGCUGGAAGUCCAGACCUUUGAUCUCUGUGUCUCUUCUCACGGGCGGGGCUGGCCAUCUUCCUCAGCAACGACGACCGCGCCGCCGCCCGUCCCCUCCGCCUCCACGUGCCUGCGACGACGAGGCCGAGGUCGACCAGGCUGCUGCUGCGCGCGAGGUCGCGAGGACAUACGUGCUUCGACGGUUACCAGCUGGCAGCUGCAGCAGAUCCAUUUGGUUACUUCUUCCCAAAUCCCAAGGAGGUUUCAUCAUGGAGGCACUGAUUUCAGCAGCUGCAGGUGAACUUGUCAGCCGGUUCAUCUCUUUCAUGGCACAGAAAUUCUGCGAUCGUACGCUGAAUGAGGGUGACCAUAGAAGAUUGGAGCAGCUCCUGCUAAGGAUUCAUACCAUCGUUGAGGAGGCAGAGGGACGGCGAAUCACAAAUAGAGGAAUGCUACUCCAGCUGAAGAUGCUCAUGGAGGGCAUGUACCAAGGGCACUACAUGCUUGACAGGUUCAAGAUACAGCAUGCUGAACAAGGCAAAAUCAAAGGCCAGGGGAGUCAUCAGAGUCGAUCGUUUGCCAUGUCUACUUUGACUGCCGCCAAGCGCCUUCGUUUUGCUUCUGCUACCACAAAGGACACACCAGUAGCUUUUGGUACCGGGAGCCUGAAAGGUGUUCUUGACAGUUUAGAAGCAAAGAUUCAGGAUAUGAGGGAAUUCGUCAUGCUACUUGGUAGCUGCCCACGCCUGCCUCGUCAGAUGUACUGUACAUAUCUGUUCAUGGAUAAGUGCAUGUUUGGUCGCCACACCGAGAAGGAGCAUGUCAUCAAUUUCUUGCUGUGCAGUGAUGGUACUCAUGAUGACUGCCCAAAUCUUGGCAUCCUUCCGAUCAUCGGUCCGCACCGAGUCGGGAAGAAAACUCUUGUGCAACAUGCUUGCAAGGAUGAGAGGGUACGCGGUUUCUUCUCCAAGAUAUUGUUCUUCAAAGGGGAUGAUCUUGAGAACGCAGAAUUCGCGGUGAGUUUAGAGGCCGCCUCAGGGAAGAAGUGCUUGUUUGUUGUUGAGUUCAGCUGGAAUGUGGAUGAGGCGGCAUGGGCAAACUUCAAAUCCACUUUUCAGGAGGCGACGGGUCAUGGAAGUAAAGUUCUUCUGAUAGGAAGAACUCAGGAAGUUGCUAAGUUGGGGACGGCAAUGCCCAUCUGGAUGAAGAGUUUGUCUCAAGAAGAGUACUGGUACUACUUCAAGGCACUUGCUUUCGGAAGCAUGGAUCCUGAUGAGCAUCCAAAACUUGCAUCUCUGGGCAUGCAGCUGGCUACUGAACUAAAAGGCUCAUUCCUUGGUGCAAACAUACUUGGUGAGAUGUUAAGGUCCAAUCCUAGUGCUCAGUUCUGGCACGCCAUCCUGUCAAGCGUAAGAGCGCUGGUACAGGAACACAUGUUUUCCCUUGGGGUACACCCUGAAGACCUCCUUGAGAGAAAUGUUCCUGUUGGUUUCACUAAUGUUUCCCUUGUGGGUGCUCAAAGUCAGGGGUGUCUGGUGUAUGAUCUUAGGGAGGCUGACCCUGGACAAGAAGAGCUACCACUGCCUACGUCGCGAGAAGUACUGACGGGUGUCAAGGUUCCUGCUGAGGAGAAGUUUGAUGUGCUGGUAUGGAAAUCUCGCAUCCCACCUUACAUCAGCUAUGUAGUUACCUAUGAGAGACAGAAGGCGCCCCGGCGCAGAGUUGGCAAGAAGAGCCGUCUGGCUCUGAGAGAAGUAUCAUCGUAGUUGUUCGCUGGCAAACAGAUUUCUCAGAAAGUUAUGUUGCAUCCUCAGGCAUUUUAGUUCUCGAAACUGUCUGCUGGUGUAUGAUCUCAAGGGAAGCCCAGGCAUGUCCAUACCAUAGCGAGCUGCCCAGAUUAUUAGAUUAACAUCGAAAUGACCACAGGUGGAUGGUUGGAAUUGGAAGUUUUCUUAUGAUGGGAUGCUUGAUGUGCCAGCAUGGAAGUCUCUGCAUGCGUCCCUCCUUUCAGCGACAAUAUCUCUACCUCAUUGAAGCCAAAGAUCAGGUCGUCAGGUGUAUGUGUAUGCCUAGAAUCACCCAUGAUCUUGUUUGAAAAAGAAACAUAUUGAUGUAACUGCAUCAUGAACUAGUGUAGCGUACAAUUUGUGGCCUCUUAGGCUGCUCUCUUGUUGUUAGCAUUUUGGAUACCUAAAAUACAGUCCAAGGCCUUGUACCAAGAACAUGUUGCUGUAGAUAACCUCUCCCAAGUCCCAACCUUACUGUCGUUUACUACUUCUAUCCCAAAAAGAAGUCAUUCUAGACU